CAGUGCGGGUCUUGGUUUAGCGCUCGGUCUUUUCUCCGUGAAACGGCAGGCACCAGCGAGAAGCCACGAGAGCCCUACCCAUCGUCACUCUGGUGGGAACCAACUCGACGUAGACUCUUUUCUCCUUUCUCCACCUUCAAUCCGACACUGGAAUACCUAAUUCUUCGCUUCUCCCUUUCAAAUUGGGUCUGGGUCUAAUGGCUGAUGAGCAAAUUGAUUUUGAGGACGAAGAAUAUGGAGGGGCUCAAAAGUUGCACUUCCAGGGAAGUGGUGCCAUUCCUGCUAUUACGGAAGAAGAAAUGGGGGAGGAUGAUGAGUAUGAUGAUCUUUAUAAUGAUGUGAAUGUUGGUGAGAAUUUCCUACAGAUGCAUCGAUCUGAACCACCUGCUCCCCCUGCUAACAUGAACAACGGGGCAUUCCAAACUUCUAAUGCUCCCGAAUCAAGAGUUGAGGCACCAGCCGGGGGUGGUGGCGUUAGUGUGCAAGGGGUAAACAUACCUGGAGUUGUUGCUGAAGGGAAAUACUCUAAUCCUCCAACACAUAUUCAAGAGAAAAAUGAGGUUCCUGGUAUAGUUAAGGGGCCAGAAAAUGGUUCAGCUGCGUACUUGGAUGUAUCUGCUUCACAAAAGGGUAAGGUCAUGGAGAUUGUACGUGAUACCCAAGUUCGUAGUAUGGGAUUUCAAGGAGCAGCUUCAAUAUCACCCAGUAUCGGGGUUAAUCCUUCUGAUACAACUAGAAAGGUUCCCAUGGAGCCUCAACCUAUGCCAAGUACUGGAACAGGUAGUCUGACAGGUGCUCCACAGAUGCCAGCUAAUCCUAUGAACAUGAACAUGGAUACCAAUAUCAUAAGUGGAAAUCAGAUAAGGCCUCCUGUAGACAAUGGUGCAACUAUGCUGUUUGUUGGAGAAUUGCAUUGGUGGACGACUGAUUCAGAGCUUGAAAGUGUUUGUUCUCAGUACGGGAGAGUCAAGGAGAUUAAGUUCUAUGACAAAAGGGCUAGUGGUAAGUCAAAGGGUUACUGCCAAGUUGAGUUCUAUGAAGCAGUCUCUGCUGCUGCUUGCAAAGAGGGAAUGAAUGGAUUUUUGUUCAAUGGCCGAGCUUGUGUUGUGGCCUUUGCUUCUCCACAAACAAUAAAGCAAAUGGCAGCUUCCUACAUGAACAAGAAUGACAAUCAGCCUCAGGCACAGACACAGGCAAGGAGGCCUAUGAAUGAUGGUGCUGGAAGGGGUGGUGCAAUGAAUAAUUAUCCAGUUGGAGAUGGUGGGAGAAAUUUUGGAAGGGGUGGAUGGGGACGUGGUGCACCAGGUGUUCUCAACAAAGCUCCGGGGGUUGGAGGACCAAUUAGGGGAAGAGGCAUGGGUGCUAAGAGUAUGAUGGGGGGUGGUGCUGGUGUUGGAGGCGGCAUCAAUGGGGGAGGCUAUGGACCGGGGCUAGGUGGUCCUGCAUUUGGUGGUCCUGGUGCUGGAAUGAUGCCUCCACAGGCAAUGAUGGGAGCUGGAUUUGAUCCAACAUACAUGGGUAGAGGGGCUGGUUAUGGAGGCUUUGGAGGAGCUCCUAGCUUUCCAGGCAUGCUUCCUCAAUUUCCAUCAGUUAACACGAUGGGACUUGCUGGGGUAGCUCCUCAUGUCAACCCAGCAUUCUUUGGUCGCGGUAUGGCUCCUAAUGCUAUGGGGAUGAUGGGUGGUACUUCAGGAAUGGAAGGGCCAGGCAUGGGAAUGUGGUCUGAGACUGGCAUGAGUGGAUGGGGAGAAGAGCAUGGAAGAAAGACUAGAGAAUCAAGUUAUGGUGCUGAAGAUGGUGCUUCUGACUAUGGCUAUGGGGAGGCAAGUCAUGAAAAGAAUGGACGCUCAAGUGCUGCCCCUCGGGAGAAAGAGAGACCUUCUGGUCGUGACUGGUCGGGGACGUCUGAUAGGAGGCACCGUGAGGAGAGGGAGCAGGAAUGGGACAGAUCUGAAAGGGAUCAUCGGGAGCCCCGUCACAGGGAGGAAAAAGAUAGCCAUAGAGAUCACCGAAAGAGAGAACGUGACUCAGGUUAUGAUGAUGACUGGGAUAGGGGCAAGUCUUCUUCUAGGCAUCAGAGUAGGUCGCGUGCAGUGCCUGAAGAAGAUCACAGAUCAAGGUCACGGGAUGCGGAUUAUGGAAAGAGGAGACGUCAGCCAUCAGAGUGAUACAAGUUGACUAUACGUUUACAUGAGGACUUAUUUCUGUCCUCGUGGCUCCAAAACAACAUCAGCCUUUGCAGUUUCUGCAUUCUACCUUAAACUGCAGAAAGUGACCUCUUGGGGGAAGAAGGAGUGCAGUGGACUACUCCUAUUUUUUCAAUGAUUGAAUUCAACUGUUAUGGUUGCCUGGAGGAAGAUGUGUUAGAUGGCUGUCUUCAUUGGAUUCCUCCCUUUGUAGUAGUUUGUUUUUCCAAAGGUUUCGAAAGAAGCCUCAAUUGUCAUUGGCUCAUGACGACCUGGUGUCGUUUUUUGAUGUAAAUCACCAUUGUCUGUCUCAAAAUGUGUAACUGGGUCCUUGGCAUGUAAGUGGCCUCCUUUUAAUAGCAUCUUUUUUCUUCUUCUGUAUUUUGCCCUCUGAGUCAGCUUGUAUUGCUGCAAGGUCCAUAUUUGUACAUGACAAACCCCCUUGUAAUUUCCUUAUGUAAUCUGUUAUGCCCUAGAAGAGCCGGAGUAGAGGCCGCAAAUAGUUCAUAGUGACUGCCCUUAUGUAAUCUGGUCACUAGUCACUACAAGUCACAACCCAGGUGGCUGGGACUGAACAAAUUUUGGUUUGCUGAGGUCAUAUUAUGCAGUUCUGUCUCUGUAUCGGCACCUAUACAUGUAUUAGUUGCAUUCUAUAUAGCAAUUUUUGUGUGCAUAUCACAUGUUUAAUCUGUGCAAGAGAUUGUAGAUUUCUUCCAUUGACAUGGGACAUUGUAGAGAAUCUGAUUUAGUGUAUGAUUGAUAGGUAGCUUCUUUGCAGUUUUUGUACUAAUGUAGUUCCUUUCUCUUGUGUGAAAGUGCACAAUUGUGCAUUUUUCGGUCUGUGUCUCGGCAUGGAUUCCCCAAGAAGCGGUUCAGUUUUGUAGGUUUUGUUUGCCGAUCAAUUGUUGUUGCUACAUUUGUUAUUAACCCGAUAGUUUGAUGCUUGGAUUGUGAUUUGUAUUUCGGAGGAAGGGGGAAUUUGCAGGAGCUGAAGUUGUAGAAUUGAUUGGGGACUGUUGGAGUCGUUGUAUAGACAAGUUCAGUGCCUUGCGCUUCUUUUCUGUUUAUGCAUCCAUUUCAC